AUUGGGAGCCUGAGCUAAUUGGUCGGUCUAGGUGCAGAACAAUUUUUGCGUACGGGAGGAGCUCUCGAUCUCCCCGGCCGGCUGGGCCACCAUUCGCCGGAUAAACUGAUCGCCGUCUUCUCGCUCUCUCUCUGCCCUGCUCCCGGGGCCGAGAGGGGAGGAUAGAAGGCCACGUCACGCUAUUGACACAGUAAAGCGGGGGGUCGAGAGGCCGAGGUGAAUAAGCUGGCGGACGGAACGAUGGCGAGGAGCGGCGGCGGCGGGGUGGAAGGAUGCGGCGGCGGCGUGCUGAAGAAGGGGCCGUGGACGCAGGCGGAGGACAAGCUGCUGGUCGACCACGUGCGGCGGCACGGGGAGGGCAACUGGAACGCCGUGCGCCGGGAGACCGGGCUGCAGCGCUGCGGCAAGAGCUGCCGGCUCCGGUGGGCCAACCACCUCCGCCCAAACCUCCGCAAGGGCCCCUUCUCCCCCGAGGAGGAGCGCCAGAUCCUCCGCCUCCACGGCCUCAUCGGCAACAAGUGGGCCCGCAUCUCGUCGCACCUGCCCGGGAGGACGGACAACGAGAUCAAGAACUACUGGAAUACGCGCCUCAAGCGCCGGCAGCGCGCGGGGCUGCCGCUCUACCCGCCGGACAUCGAGCGGGAGAUCGCGUUGCUGCGCGCGCAGAACAUCAACCCGUUCGCCGACGCCGACGGCAACGCCAACUCCGGCCUCCCGCCGCCGCUCCUCUACGACGCCAACAACCCGUUCGCGCUGCCUCCCGCCGUGCCGUCGCCCUCGGGCUCCGCCACGGCGUCCCACUCGCCGCUGAUCAACCAGAGCUACCCCCUCCUGAACCAGAUGCAGGGGAUGCCGGUGUUCCACCUUGCCAGCAGCCAGCAGUCGCCGCAGCCGGUGUUCCACCACCACCAGGACAACGGCGCGGCGCUCGGCCACGGUGGCUUCGUCUCCUCGGGCCUGCCGCCGUUGCCCACCAGAGCGCACGAGCUCCCUUCGAACCAAUUCGACACCUCGAGCAGCGGCGGCGGCGCCGGGCUGCUGGAAUCUCUGCUGCUCGGCGACGACCACCUACCGCGGCACAUCCCGACCAUGGUCAAGGUCAACUCCAUGCCCGCGCUCACGUACCGCGAGCCCGGCUCCUGCAGGCUGCCCGUCCACGGCGCCGGCGCCGGGAGCGACAGCGACGAGACCUCGCACUGCUUGCCCGGAGAGGACAUGCACCAUGGCGCGAAAUGGAACUUCACCUACGAUUAGGACGAGCACACA